AUGGAGAAAUAUUUUAAAAGAACGUCAUCGUUGGAGGUUGGAUCCCAAAACAAUUCAUCGAUCUCUUCUAACAAAAGGAGGUUUUUAGAAUUCGAAGUAGAGAGUCUUAUAGCAGGUCCAGGACAACGACCAAAGAUUUCAAGUUAUCAUCCGAAUGACAGAGACAAAGUUAGGUGUGCAUAUUUGCAAAAAGAUUUUUUUUUGCGACAAGGAUUGGUCUUUCGUGGUAACGAUGAGACAGAUGAUUCUGUUAAUCAAGAAAAUUUUUUGGAACUUCUAAACUUUCUUGCACAACAUAGUGAAGAGAUUGAUCGUGCUUUCAAAAAUGCUUGUGAAAAUCUUAAACUAAGAGCAUCCUCAUUUCAAAAAGAUAUUGUAAGAGCUGUAGCAAGUGAAAUGACAAAAGUUAUUAUUAAUGAUCUUGGGGACGAGUUGUUUUUUGUUUUGAUUGAUGAAGACCGCGACAUUUCUAUUAAGGAGCAAAUGUCAGUUUGUUUAAGCAUUGGAGUCAUUAUUAGAACAUAUAAUUUAAGUUUACCAAGAAUACAUGGACAAGGAUAUGAUGGUGCAGCUUGUUUGAAUCCAAGACACUUAUUUUUUGCGUUUGAUAAUGAGAAGUUGAUCCAAUUAGCUCAAUUCUAUCCAUUAGAAUUUUCUUCCACUCAACUUUUAACACUUGAUAGUCAACUUGAGAACUUCAUAUUAGAUGUGCGUUCUGAUGAUCAAUUCUCAAACUUAAAGGGGAUUGGUGCUCUUUCUGAGAAAUUGGUUGAGACUCGAAAAAAUAUUGUUUAUCCAUUAGUGUUUCUUCUUUCGAAGUUAGCUUUAGUUUUGCCCGUAGCAACUAGCAACUGCAUCAGUUGA